GCACCAGUGAGGGCGGAUAACAUUAAGAGCUAGUAGCAUCAUCUUCUUUAUCAUAAAGGAUCAUGGUUAAUAUGUGAAAAUGAGUGGAGCGUUUCCACUGACCUACUUUUCUACAGUAAAUUACGAGGAAACCAUUUUGUCGGGUGUGUCAGGCCUGCUUUCAUCGCCAGAAUAAACACACACCUGUCCAUAGUUUGGAGAUAGCAGCAGGACAAAGAGGACAGAAUGACAGAGCCAGCCGGCAGGUCUGCCCCUGCUGCACGCUUCCCCAGCAUUAGAAUGGACAUGACCUCAUCCAACUACACUGCUGCACAGCUGAGCAGGCCACUGUGUGUGAAUGGGACGCAGUGGAUCCUUUACCUGCUGGAGGAGUGUGUGGACAACGUGUGGGAGUACUGCAGCGUGGUGAUAGGACUCGUAUCCAUGUUUUGUUUUCUGCUGUCCACUUUUCCGCAGGUCUAUGAGGCCUAUCGAAAUGGCAAAGUGGAGCAGGCCAUGUCUUUUGGCUUUCUUUUAUUCCUCUUUAGUGGAGACAUGACCAGCUUUGCAGGGUGCUACCUCACUAGCCAGCUGCCCAUUCAGCUAGUCACCGUUGUGUUCUACAUCUUCACAGACCUGAUCCUCAUCUCCCAAUUUCUCUACUAUAAGAUCAAGAACAGCUCCACUCGAAAGAGCCCUGUGUUGAAGUGGCUGUGCUUCACGUGGUGUGCCGCUGGUACACUGGUCCUCCUGGCUUUACCCAAGCUCAUCAUUGACAAUAGUGUAACUUUAGACAGUCAGAAUCCAUCUACCUCUAAGUCGAUUGAAUUCACUGGCUAUGUGUGUGGAUACCUGGCGUCUGUCUUCUACCUCUGCUCCCGUUUCCCCCAGCUCUAUAAAAAUUUCCAGCGACAGUCCACAGAGGGGACCUCUUAUCUUCUGUUUGCCCUGGCCAUGAUGGGCAAUGGGACGUAUGGGCUGAGUGUCAUUGUCGUCCUACCUGCACUGAGGGGCUCCAAACAGACGUUCAUCAUCAAACAUCUGGCCUGGCUCAUCGGCAGCCUGGGUGUCCUCAUACUUGACUUCCUUGUCACUGCCCAGUUCAUCAUGUACAGAAAAAACAAGUCCGCCAAAAGCAAAGCGCUACUCAGCGUCCCAGAGGUGGAACCUCUCCUGUGUGAGGAAGAGGAAUUCUCAGUGUAAGAGGACCACCUUGGACCACCCAGUCAAGAACGGACUGGUUAGUCUGCACUUCGUUAUGGACCAUUUUUGUGUCUCAUCAUUGAUUAAUGAUAAUUAUAGUAAGCUGUGUCAGAUCUUAUUCUUUUUGUAGGACAACAUGAUCAUCUCCUCUGUGCUUUACUGUAGUAAUACAGAUCAGGUUAAGGCAUUUUUCUUCACACAGGAGAUCAAAUUUUAUUAAGUACCACUUUAGAAACAUUUGAGCCCUGCUACGUUCGAUUAAUUCUUCCCAUGGGAUUUCUUUUUGUUUCAAAUGGAAUAACUGUAUUUUUAUAUCUGCGUCAGAGAGCGUAAACAUCCAGAGGAGGAAGCUUUGAGCCAGAUGUGGUUUAUCAAAUGCCAGCUUUAUGGAAGAACAAAGUGCUUGUUAUUACAUGUUUGUGACAGGGUAAAUACAACUGUAGCAGUGUGUGGUUUUAUACUAAACAUUCUGGUUUCCUUCCAACCUUAUUUGCUAUGAUAGUGACGUAAAAUAUACAGUUAUUGUGAGCACAGCAUUAAAGGAACCAAUGUUUUUUAUGUGAACUUGACAGAUAGUUUGGUCGCCCUGGCUUUUAUUUCUUAUGGUUAACAGUGACACACAGGAAUUUGUUAUGAGAACAACCUCACAUCUGUAGACUUAUGGCUUGCAUUGAAUUAGAAUUAGACAGAAUAUAAAUGUCUGCUGGGACCAUGGCUUCACUUGAAAGAUGCUGCAGAUGCACCCUGGCCUUGAGGCCAUCUGAAAGGGAUGUUUGAAUAUCUCUCUGCUUUUCUCUAGAAAUACUUUCUUUGUGCCUUAUUAAGCUGAACCUAGUCUUAAUAUAAAUGCACUGUGUAUUCAUUUUGAAAUCAAUUAUUUAUAAGUCAUACUCCUAAAUGAUUGACAGCUGUUUGAAGGACUGUUUCACUUAAGGCUUAUAUUUAUCCUCUCCAUUUCCAAACGACUUACCUUUUUUGUGUGUGUCUUGCAUUACCAUCCUGUUGUGCGACAUUUUAAUUACAUAAAUAAAAUAAGAUAUGCCAUUCAAUUGUGUGUUUGAAGAGAGAUCUAAGAUGUUAGAAGGCCAGUGAGAUUCUUGUUAAAUUAAUGAGCCUCUAAAUUGUGUUUACACAGAGAAGCUGCUGUUGUCAGGUCACAUUUAUUUUUUUUAAGCAUUGGCUUCAUUAAAGAGAAACAUAAAAACAGAUGAGGACAAGGAGAAACAAAGGAGAGAAAAAAACAACAACCCAAAACAAAUCGUCUUCUUGAGCAAAUAAAGAAAAAAUACUCAUUAGGAUUGUUAGAAAAACUAAUUGCUUCUUAGUGUUGUGCCAUAUUUUAUUACGGUGUUUAUGCAGUGGUGUAACUGUUAAGCAGGAUCAUCCACGAUUCCAUGAUUCUUCCUCUACCUCACUAUAAUACAAUGCUCCUGUUUGUCUCUACAAGAUGGGAAGAUUGAUAUGAAGAAAUUCAUUUCAAAAUGUGAAUAUUUCAAUCAAAAUGUAAUGUUUAUUUGGCAACUCACUGUCAUGUAUGUGAUUCUGUGUAUAUAAUAGGAGAUUUUAGGAGAAAAAUGUUUUAUUUUUGCAAAUUAUUUUUAUAUUGCACAAUUUCUACUUUAACCCUUUACGCCUUUUCCUUCAGAAUGAGACUGAUGCAAUUUGUUAAGUCUUAGCACAAAAAAGAACCUUUUUUUAAUUAUAUAUACUGUAUGUCCACUAUAUACUCUAGAACAUUUUGUUUUAAUGGUGUCAUUGUAUUGCUGAGAUAAGUUUAUUUUUUAGUAAAAUAUAAUGAUCAUUUCUUUCAGAUGCACAUGUUUUGUAGGUGAGCUCUGUGUCAUGAUCACGUAUUCUUCUAUGUAAAAUACAAGUUACCUGUAUGUAUGAAUAAACUCAUAUAACUUAUUUAAGUUAUAAUACUUGUACACUACAAAUAUCCUAUAAUAAUUAUACUCAUCACUAUUAUAUUCAUUUUGAACAGCCUUUAAGUUAUAUUUAGCACUAAAAUGGUUCUAUUUAUAUUGUCCACAAACAGUAUUAAGUAUGAUAAAUGUAGGGUUAUUACAUCUGCCAAGAAGGUUAUGUUUGUUUGGCCGUGUUUGUGUGUGUUUUUGUGAUUUUUGUCUGAUUAUGUAUCCAUGGCAAGGCUCAAAGAAGAUAGUAGUAAAUUUUGGUGGUGAAACACUUA